AUGGAGUACGAGCUGACCACAGUGACGUAUAGUUUGGGGCCAUCUUCGUUUCUAGCAACGAGAACACUUCAUCAACUGGCUGAAGAUGAAGGGAAAUCAUUCCCCCAUGCUGCAAAUUGUUUGAAACACGAUUUUUAUAUGGAUGAGUUCAUCCGUGGAGAAUCUACCAUAGAAAAGGCAAUCCAAUUGCGAGAAGACAUGGACAAACUGUUGAAAUCAGGAGGAUUCCGGCUAAGAAAAUGGGAAUCAAAUGAGAAAGCUGUACUGGAGAGUAUUCCAUUCGAAAAUCGUGCGAGUCAAGCUGAUCAAACGUUUGACACUGAUGACACUAUCAAGACAUUAGGUAUUGUCUGGGAACCGGCAACUGAUAUGUUCCGAUUCGAUAUCCAACCAAUUCAAAUCAACGACUUUAUUACAAAACGAAGUAUUCUAUCAUGCAUUGCGAAAUUGUAUGACCCUCUCGGGCUAAUCUCUCCCAUCGUAAUUCGAGCGAAGGUACUACUCCAACAUUUGUGGACCUUAUCAUGGGACUGGGACGAUGAAGUACCUACGAACCUCCAACUAGAAUGGAGGAACUUUACAGAUGAGCUACCGAACUUAAUCAAAUUCAGAAUGAACCGGCAUGCAUUUGGCGAUGGGGAGCUUCAGCUGCAUUGUUUCGCGGAUGCCUCAGAAACAGCUUACGGAACCUGUGCUUAUGUACGAUCGUUGACAGAGAAUGGAGACGUGAGAGUUGAGCUGCUUGCAUCGAAGUCGAGGGUGGCUCCACUACAAAGACGAACGAUCCCAAGGCUGGAACUAUUCGCUGCACAGAUGGCCGCGCUGUUGUAUCAUAAGAUAGUGACUGCACUGGACGUAAAAUUUCAAUCGACCUGGUUUUGGUCGGAUUCUAUGGUAGUCCUGCAUUUGCUUCGUGCACCCAGCCAAACCUGGAAAACCUUCGUCUCGAAUCGGGUUGCAGAGAUCCAAAACCUAACCCAUGGAUCUCGAUGGCAACAUGUAUCAGGGGCUACAAAUCCAGCGGAUCUUGUUUCCCGCGGAUUGUCAGUGGAGAAAUUUCUGGAUUGUUUGACAUGGAAAUAUGGACCUAGCUGGCUAUGCAAAUCUCAGGAAUAUUGGCCGACGCAGAAACUGGAUGCAGAAAAUUUACCUGAUAAUGAAGUCGAGCGUAAAACAACUAGUCUUGCCGUGCAAAUCAAUACACCACAAAACCCGUUAUUGAAACGUUUUUCAUCGUAUAAUCGCUUAUUGAGAACGAUUGCAUACUGUUUGCGUUUCGUUCAGAAAGCACAAAAAUCGCCAAAGGUAACUUCAUCAACACUUUCUGUGGAAGAAUUAGAAAACGCAAAAUUCACUUUAGUGAAACUAGCACAAGCCGAAUGCUACACGUCAGAACUUCGUCAACUUCGCAAAGGACAAGCGGUUUCGAAAAGUUCUUCAUUGAAAUUGUUCAACCCAUUCGUGGAUUCCAUUGGGAUAGUGAGAGUCGGUGGCCGGCUCAAUCUUUCGAAGGAACCGUACGCGGUAAAGCAUCAAAUCCUGUUACCCGGAUUUCAUCACUUCACACUACUACUGUUAAAAUCACACCACCUGCAAUUACUUCAUGGGAGUAUCAGCUUAACUUUGGCUAAAGUACGAAAGGAGUUUUGGCCAACAAAUGGGAGAAGAGCAGUAAGAAACGUGAUACGGAAUUGUUAUCGCUGUGCACGUGUUGACCCCCGACCAAUAAAGCAACCCAUUGGACAAUUACCUCCAGCACGUAUUACCCCUGGGCGAGCUUUUUCUACGACUGGAAUCGACUAUUGCAGACCAGUGUUUGUGGAGCACCCAUACCGCAAAGCUGCUCCAACAAAAGCAUACAUAGCUUUGUUUGUGUGUUUCGCUACAAAGGCCGUGCACAUUGAGCUUGUGGGAGAUUUAUCUACGGCAUCGUUCAUCUCUGCGCUUCGACGUUUCAUAGCCAGGCGAGGAAAACCUGAACACAUGUACUCAGAUAACGCUACAAAUUUUGCUGGGGCAAAAAAUGAGUUGAACGCUUUGUACCAGAUGUUCUCAAACCGCACUACAACCGAACAGAUAAGUACCAAUCUCGCUACGGACGGCAUCAGUUGGCAUCUAAUACCACCUCGCGCUCCCAAUUUUGGGGGCCUCUGGGAGGCCGCCGUUAAGGUGGCCAAAAGGCAUUUAGUUCGUCAAUUAGGGAAUACAACGUUGCUGUACGAAGACCUAGUGAUUAUUUUAGCACAAAUAGAGGGGUGUAUGAACUCCCGACCGCUCAUCCCACUCUCAGAAAAUCCCGAGAUGUAUGCAACGUACCUUCAAAUCGACUCAACAGGUAUCAGUUCAUCCAACAGAGAGUUCAACAAUUUUGGCACAAAUGGAGAAGCGAGUACCUAA